UUCGUAUUAGAAUUGUUGGUGGCGUCGGAGGCAACUGUCAUCUUUGAGAAGGAAGUUUAGUGCUUUAAAACUGACGUGUCAGACGAACCCGGCCCUUCAAAUAAUCUUCAUUUCGAAUUGAGGAUAGCCAUUGGUAACAUUUUGUGGCUGACAGUCACAGGAUGGCUGCCUUGACAGCAAAGCGUUGUUCUAGACUGAUGUCUCCCUGCCGACUUGGAACAGUUCCUUCAAAGACUGUAUCACACCUACAAGAGAGUACUGACUCACUGGAUACAGCUAAUCCUGCACAUCAGCUAUCGAAACAUAUGCAUUCAGACUCCGAUAAAACUUCGUCUGAUGUCCUUGUUGGUAUACGCAAACAUAUUAAGAGGAUAUCAAAAGUCAGAGACAAUUUAACAAAUGCUGUCAGUUACCUUGGGGCUAUCAGUGUGGAGGUGCCAAAUCCUGGGCGAUUUAUGCCAGACUAUCAGAAGUAUAUCCCCAGUAUUUCUUUUCAAAAAAAGAAUGAAAAAGACCCUGAAAAUAAGUCAAAUAGUGCUGGUGAACAGAUGCAUGGAAGAAGAAAAUCUCUUCCACCACAUUUGCAGAAUGAAUCAGAACUGACAGAAGAUGGAGACACAGAUCCAUUUGAAAAGGCUAUGAAUGAGACGCACGAAAGUGUACAUUCAUACUGCAUAUCUAAAGACAAACUUCCUAAAGCUGGUAGUGUGCAUUAUUUAAAGCCCAGCGAAAAACAGAUACCCAAAAAUGAAGUUAGUGUACGAGAAGAAGCCACCAUUCUGAGCAUGUUUGCCAGGGCCUACAAAAGUUUGGAUCCUUCGCAGGAGAAACCAACAGAGAAAAUCCCUCUAGUGCGCAAGGAUUUUGUCUCCAGAACAGCAUUGACCCACAGGACAAAGUCUCUCGUUCAGGCCUUGAAGAAUUGCACCACAAAUUCAUCUCGUGUAGUUAGAACAGAAGAGCUCUCUAAGCAUCUGUUAGACUUUCCGGAGUCUAGGGGUGUGGCCACAAAGGAAGGCAUUUUACCAACAUUGUUGCUCCUAAGAAAAUGUCCUGAUGCCAAUGUUGCAGCAGCUGCCAGAGAGGCUUUAGCUCUGGUUGGUUAUGUAGAUCCUGUGAAGGGGCGUGGCAUCAGAAUAUUGACUGUUGAUGGAGGGGGCACUAAAGGCCUUGUGGCCAUUGAGACUCUGAGGAAGCUUGAAGAAGCUUGCAAGACAGACAUCACCAAUCUGUUUGACUUUGUUUGUGGGGUGAGCACAGGAGCACUUAUCCUGGCCAUGGUCUUUAUGUUCCAUGUCCCUUUAGACCAGUGUGAGCAUCUCUACAAGGAACUGAGCAUGCAGAUGUUUACAAGGAACAAGUUCGUGGGCACGGGGAAGCUGGUGUGGAAUCACGCUUUUUAUGACACAGAAAUUUGGGAGAAAAUCCUCAAAGAAAACCUGGGUGAAAAUUUAAUGAUCGAACUUGCCAGAGACCCUCAUGUUCCAAAGAUGGCCUGUUUCUCCUGUCUCAUGAAUGCACCAAAAUUGAAAAACUUCAUUUUCCGAAACUACAACCUACCUCCUGAAGUAUUCUCACAUUACCCUGGCAAUUGUAAGCAAAAGGUGUGGGAAGCCAUAAGAGCUUCAUCAGCAGCACCAGGUUACUACGAGGAAUGCAAACUUGGGGACUUCAUACAUCAGGAUGGUGGUCUGUUAACCAACAACCCUACUGCCCUGGGCAUUCACGAGGGAAAGCUUCUCUGGCCUCAAGAAUCUAUACAGUGUGUUAUCUCACUUGGCAAUGGACGCCAUGAGCCCAGCUUAGAGUUAUCCACGGCUAACAAGGUGACAUUGAAGCAUAAAGUCAGCAAGAUAGUGGACAGUGCCACAGACACGGAAGCUGUCCACACAACUCUUCAAGAUUUGAUGGCACCUUCUACAUAUUACCGUUUCAACCCAUAUCUUUCGGAAGAAUUUAUGUUGGAUGAAAUACGUCCAGACAAGCAAGAAAUCAUGCAACAGGAUACUCUGCUGUACCUCAGGAAGAACGAUCUAAAAAUUAAACGAGCAGCACAUCAGCUGUUACUGACAAGGAGACCUCACCAGAAAACCGCUGACUGGUUAAAAGCUAAAGCAGAUAUGAUGUAACUGUUUUACAUUCAAUUGUGUGAUAUGAAUAUCUAAUUUCACAGUAAUUUUCUAACCUCAUUGUGGUAAUUUUUAUGAUUUUUUUUUUGCAGAGUUCUGAAUUUCUUUGAAUUAAUGUAUUCAAUCAUAGGAAAGAUGAUAGAUGCUAGAGGAUGGUUUUUUUUUUCUUUUUGUUUUUACCAGAGGAAUAUCUCAGUAUUUUUUAAUUGUAAUUUUCCUUUUGAUUGGAUGAACUGCAACACAAGAGUUACCAAAAUUACUAAGUCUUCUUUUAAAGUCUGACAUUUAUUUUAUGAUGUUGAAGUACAUUACAUUACAGCUUGAUUUUAUAACUUAUAGCUGAUCAAAAGUUCUGUGAUGAUUAUUUUAUGUUUCGAUGUAUCUCCCGGUGCAUUUUCUUAAUAAUUAUGUUUAGAUUGUAAAAAGUAUUAAGUUUGAUACUAGUAUACCAUGGUCUUUCACCUGUUCAUGUAUUUACAUUAUGUUUCGUCAACAUGUAACAUGUUUUAAAGUUCAUAGAUGGACUUGAGCACCAAUUAAGAACUUGUUUAUUUAUUUUAUUCGAAGGCAAUAGUCCUGUACAAAACUUUGUGUCAGUUGUGUUAUUAAAGACACAUACUGGUAUUUAGUAAUGUUGUAAAUUAUAUAGUACAGACAGAAGCUACGGUAACCUGGUAAGGUGCAGCAGUGGUUUCCUCUGAGCUCUGCACAGACUGAGUUUUAGGUUACAUUUACUUGUGUACAUGUACAUGUGUUUAUUUUAUUGGCAGGGAACAGUUAUAUACACAACUCGGCAUGUAUAUUUCUAAUUAAUGUGUGAAUAUAAUGGGACGCAUACACAUGUAUGUACAUAUUCAGGCAUCCACUGCCAUGUUAUCAUGUUUAUAAUAACUAUGAAGUGGUCUGCAGCUUUAAAUUACCACAACUUGACUAAUUGUACAUUGUCAGAUGAAAUAUUGGUUACGACGUAAAACAAAUAUAAAUAUUAAUUAAUUAGUUGUGAAGGACAUGUGCCAUGAAGUCUCAUUGCUGACAGCUUUUGCAUAAAUUAUUGAAGGCCAACAAAAAUGGUUAGCAUCAUGAUUAGUUUGUGUAUAAUUUGUUUAAGUCUUUGGAGCAAUGAUUCAAUAUAUGUUAGUGAGGUCUAUUGGUGCAUGUUGGUGCAAACCUCAGUACAAAAAGGCAAAUGAUACAAAACAUGUCUGGCCAUUCUUAUGAAAAUAAAUGCUGUUUAAUCUUCUUGCCAUUUUGUAGAAUCCAUAAUGAGAUGUGUCUUCCAUCUUAAAAUGUUUUAUCUGAUGAUCAGGUCAAGGGCAGAGGAACCACCG